GAGGUGUUAGUUGAAGCAGGUACAAUUGCAAUGUUUAAGAAACAUUUAGACAGGUACAUGGAUAGAAUAGGUUUAGAUGGAUAUGGGCCAAGCGCAGGCAGGUGGGAUUAGUGUAGAUGGGGCAUGUUGGUCAGUGUCUGUAAAUAGGGCUGAAGGGCCUGUUUCCAUGCUGUAUGGCUCUAUAACUCUAUAAGGCCUUGCAGAGUUGUUUUAUACUUCCAAUGUUGGACAAACUACCCCUGUGAUUGUACAGACCUGUGUCUGGGUGAUGGAAUAACCUCAUAACAGUACCCCUAUAUCUGUGUGACUAAAUCACUGUAAGCAGUAAGAUCCUGUCACUGCAUUUGCGAUCGUAUACGUCAAGACCCUGUUACUCUGGGACAGUGACCAUACGUCUUUCUGCAACUAUGAUCCUAUGCAGCAAGACCCUAUUACUCUGUCUGUGUGAUCACACAGAAUGAGAUAGAACUUCUGUGCAACCCUACACAGUGAGAUACUGUUACUACAUGACUGCAUAAUCACAGAAGGCAAACUCCUGUUUUUAAUGACCUUGAUUCCAAGUAUCAAUACAUUGUUUUGCAUGAUUGAGUGAUCUUACGCAACAAAACUCUAUUGCUUCUGAUGAUUUUACACAGCAGGUCUCUUGCUGUGGAACCUGAGAGGUAAUGGCAGUGUAAAUUUAACUGUUUCCCAUUGGUCCUGCAGAAUAGCCGUGCUCCAGUUGGAAGCUUGUUGGAGGUAAGACACUGCAUAGGAUAUUGGCCUUUGUCCAUGUAACUGAUGCACUACAAUGUUGAGAACUAUUCCAAAUUCUGCAUCAUCCACUGCUAUCUAUUGUACUUGAAUUUGACUUGCUUGUAUUUAUGUAUAAUAAAUCUAACCUGUUUGGUUGGCAUGCAAAACAAAGCUUUACACUGUACUUCAGUACACGUGACAACAAUAAACCUAAAGGAUUGUGGCAUUUUAUCAUUGAACUUUGGGAUGAUUCUAAUUAAAUAAACACUUUUGUUUCAUAAAUAAUCAGUGAUCACCCCCAAUAAGUUAAACAUUCCCAUCGGAUUAAUUAAUGUACAAAAUCAUGGCAAUAUGAGUUUUAUAGCACAUAAGGCCACUCAUCCCAUUGUGUUAAUACUGGCCAAGAUACAACCAAAGGAGUCAUUCCCACUUUCCAGUUCCUUGACCAUUGCCUUGGAGGCCAUGCUUCUUCAAGUGUUCCUAUGUUUACCUUUGAAUAUGAUGAGGCUUUCUGGCUCCAUCACCCUUUCAAACAAUGCUAGAUCCAUAACAUUAUAUGCGGACAAAAAUGUAAACUCCCAUGGAAUCAAAUGAAUUUAAACCUAUCCACCCACUUAGGAAGUUGCAUAUGUAAUGCUAGUGCGUUCAUACAGACCACCUCAAUACAUGAAACACACGUGCAAAGUAUAUUUAUGUCCUGAUGCAUUUACAUAUAAAAUAAAGACAUAUAGAACAGUUGUUUACAUAAUUUGAUCGUUCACUUCCUGCUUACUUAUGUGACCCGUACUUUUUCACUAUUACAGAUAAGAGAGGAGUAUUUUAUAUUUAUGCGGAUACAAAUACUCCACAUGCUGGUGAACCUAGUAGUUGGCACGACAGGAGCAGGCUCCGUCUACACGUGUGACUUCUGUCUGCACGGCUGGAGAUGGCAGCCGGCGGGGUUUAGAGGGAGGGAGGGAAGGGAUGGGGGCAAAUGCAAGAGGAGGGGUAUGAGUUGCUCUGCCUCGGUGCCAGGCAGGGUGUGAGGAGGGCGAUACUGGCACUGUUACUGCCCCAGCUCCCCGACGACAUCCUGCUGCUGCUCUUCGCGUACGCCGAUGCCCAGGCCCUGGGCCGGUUGUCGCAGGUCUGCCGGAGGUUCCAGCGCCUCAUCAACAAAGACACUCUGUGGAGGAGCAUCGCCAAAGUCUCCCUCAACACCGGCCUCACCCGCCUGGGCAGGGACGCGUUUCCCCAAAUAGCUCUGAAGGACCGUGUGAAGGCCUCUCGGAACUGGAAGCAUGGGAGGUGUCGCCAAGAGGUUACCCUAAGGUGGAAGUGCAAUUUGUUACCCUGGUUACAACUGGACCAACAGUGGCUCUACCUCUCCCAAGCAUCUGAUAUCCGAGCCUACUCCUUGAGUCGGAAUGGCACUGGUCUACGGAGGCGCCCUAUCGCGGUCUACACUGGUCAUCAGGAUGAUGUCUGCCGAUUUGUCCUCAAUGAAUCUCAAGUUGUCAGUGGUGGAGGGAAUGGGAAGAUCAUUGUCUACGACACUUGCAACUCCUUUUGCACAGAGUACUCAGCACACAAUCAAGAGGUCAACUGCAUCGACAGCCGAGGACAUGUCAUCGUUAGUGGCUCAAGAGACAAGACAGCACGGAUUUGGUCACUGAAUUCAAAUCGCCUGGGCGAAUGCUUGCACACAAUAAGGACAGAAGAUCGAGUUUGGUCAAUCGCCAUUAACCCUACUCUCAGCUCUGUUUUGACCGGGACUGCUUGCUGUGGCCAUGCCUCUCCCUUACGGAUAUGGGACCUUCAAAGUGGCCAUCUGGAGAGCAGCCUGGGGUCAGACUUCCGAAGGGGAGCCGGGGUCCUGGACAUCUUGUACGAGAGCCCCUCGGUCGUGCUGAGUUGCGGGUACGAUUCCUACAUCAGGCAAUGGGACACACGGGCCGGCACCAGGCGCUGUGUGAUGGAAUGGGAGGAGCCCCACGACAGCGCUCUCUACUGCCUGCAGACCGACGGGAACUACAUGAUCGCCAGUGGCUCCUCGCACUAUGGGGUGGUCCGCCUCUGGGACAGGAGGCAGUCAAAGAGCCUCCAGAUGUUCUUCCUCUCCUCCCCCAGCAGCAGUCCCGUGUACUGCCUCCGGUUUACUACCUCCCACCUCUAUGCUGCCUUAGCCAAUGCACUUUACACACUGGACUUCACAUCGUCCAAGCCUUGGGGCUUGCCAGGUAAAGAGCCCCAGACACCAACCGAGACAUAUCCAGGACGGUGCACCUGAAGUCAAGGUCCGCCCAGCACACUGGCAGAUGAUGCAUUUGGAACAGACACCACUCCUUCACCCUUCCAGCUCUGCAGUCUUUAAAAAUCACCUUCUGUGGCUUUUUUUAAUAUAUGAAAUAGAGUGUUCUUUAUUUGCAAUAACUUUUAUAUGACUAGUGAAUGAGGUUGUCCAUUUGCUCAAAGCAUCAUCUGUAACUGGAUUUGUGUAGUUGGAAGGUGCUAAAGGCUGCACCAGUGUUCGGAUGUUUGAAUGCAAUUUAAAAAAAAUAAAAAACCUUGCAUUUGCAAGCGAUACAGCC